GACGGAGGGUAGCCCGCGAGCGCCCGCUGACGGUCACAUAACAGUCAAGUUUGUGUGAAGAUUAGCUAACCACCUGGGCUGAACUCAGCAGCAGCAGCAGGAGCACAGACUGACUGAGCCUCGCAGGUGUAGUUUAAUAAAAACACCUUGUCAGUAUCCUGGAUAUCAGACAGGUCCCUCAGUUCUCUAACGGUGUAAUAUAACCGUCUGUUUUGAACCAGCGUAAACCGGAGCUGACAUGCGAACGUAGCCGUUAGCAAGCGAGCCAGGCCGAGGAGAGCUGCCUGGCUGUAUCCUUCAUCCAGACAGGAGCAUAAAUGUUUCACCCAAGACACAUUACCGAGUUUGUCGACGCCGGAGAGGAUGCGCAAGGACGUGAGGAUAUUAUUAGUGGGGGAGCCCAAAGUGGGGAAGACCUCUCUCAUCAUGUCCCUGGUCAGCGAGGAGUUCCCAAAUGUGGUUCCCUACCGAGCUGAGGAAAUCACCAUACCUGCAGAUGUGACACCAGAGAGAGUUCCCACACAUAUUGUGGACUAUUCAGAGGCCGAGCAGACAGAUGAGCAGUUGUUUCAGGAGAUCUCCAAGGCAAAUGUGAUUUGCAUUGUCUACUCUGUCAACAACAAGAAGUCCAUAGAAAAGGUGACGAGCCACUGGAUCCCCCUCAUUACUGAGAACACAGACAAGGACAGCAGGGUUCCUCUGAUCCUGGUGGGGAACAAGUCAGACCUGGUGGAACACAGCAGCAUGGAGACCAUACUGCCCAUCAUGAACAGGCACAGUGAAAUAGAGACUUGUGUGGAGUGUUCAGCGAAGAACCUGAAGAACAUCUCAGAGUUGUUCUACUACGCUCAAAAGGCAGUCCUGCACCCCACAGGUCCUCUCUACUGUCCAGAGAAAAAAGAUAUGAAGCCACUUUGUGUCAAAGCCCUGACUCGAAUCUUUAAAGUGUCUGACCUGGACAAUGAUGGGAUUCUCAAUGACAAUGAGCUCAACUUCUUCCAGAGGACUUGCUUCAACACCCCGCUAGAGUCUCAGGCGUUGGAGGAUGUAAAAAAUGUGGUGAGGAAGAAUUUGAGUGACGGAGUGUGUGACAAUGGACUCACUCUGAAAGGCUUCCUGUUUCUCCACACUCUGUUCAUCCAACGAGGUCGCCAUGAAACAACGUGGACAGUGCUGAGGAGGUUUGGGUACGACGACGACCUGGAGUUAAAUCAGGACUACCUCUUCCCUCCGUUGAAAGUUCCUCCAGGCUGCACCACGGAGCUCAACCACAAUGCCUACCUCUUCCUCCAGAGCGUCUUUGACAAACAUGACAAGGACCGUGACUGUGCCUUGUCACCAGAGGAGACGGGGGACCUGUUUGAUGUUUUUCCGUACAUGCCCUGGGGUCCAGAUGUCAAUAACACAGUUUGCACUAAUGACCAGGGCUGGAUCACCUACCAGGGAUAUCUCUCCCAGUGGACGUUAACAACGUAUCUGGAUGUCCAACGAUGCCUGGAGUAUUUGGGUUACCUUGGUUACUCAAUAAUUGCUGAGCAGGAGUCCCAAGCAGCAGGAAUUACAGUGACCAGAGAUAAGAAGAUUGACCUGCAGAAGAAGCAGACCCAGCGCAGCGUCUUCCGCUGUAAUGUCUUCGGAGACAUUGGCAGCGGCAAGAGCGGCUUCCUCCAAGCCUUCCUGGGUCGAAACCUCAUGCGCCAAAAAACAAUUAGAGAGGAGCACAGAUCCUACUAUGCCAUCAGCACAACCUAUGUUUACGGACAGGAGAAAUACCUUCUUCUUCAUGAAGUGUUCCCUGACUUCGACUACCUGUCUGAUGCUGAUCUGGCCUGUGACAUUGUCUGCCUGGUCUAUGAUGUCAGCAACCCGUACUCCUUUGAAUACUGCGCCAAAGUCUUCAAGCAAUACUUCAUGGACAGCAAGAUUCCAUGUAUGAUGAUAGCGGCAAAGUCAGAUCUACCAGAGAUUAAACAGAUGUACGGCUGCAGUCCACUGGAGUUCUGUAGGAGGCAUAAGAUGCCACCUCCCCAGUCCUUCACCUGUAACACAGCAGCAGCACCCAGCAGAGACAUCUACACCAAACUUACUACUAUGGCCAUGUACCCCCACGCCCGGCUGCGCUGUAUGUGCACUUGUAACCGGUGCACCUUCUGCAUGUGUCAGAACUUCCUCAACUCUGAGCUGCUGCAGACGGUCAGGGCCAAACUCUACGCUGUUGUACUCCGAAGCAGACAUGUAAGCCAAGCAGACCUGAAGAGCUCGACAUUCUGGCUUAGAGCAAGUGUCGGGGCCACGGUGUUUGCAGUGCUGGGCUUCGCCAUGUACAGAGUGCUGCUCAAACCACGGUGAUCCUCGGGACACCCUGGUCCAACCUUCUUCACCCCAUGGUGAUCUGCAGCUUGGCAGGUGUGUCGCGGAGGUGUCACGCCAUCUACCAUCCCCUCCACCUCCUGAUGACAAAGUCAGCUCAUGUAUUAAAUCACUAUAGAAGAUCCGUAUGAAAUGUCAAAAUGUGACAUAUUUGUGGUUUGCAGAAAUGUACAUUGCCGAUAUUUUUCCUCUGGCGACUGGGCUGUAAGGUGAGCUUCCGCCAAUAUAUUAAGGUACUUUGUCUCUUGUGUAUUUCUGAAAAAGCUGGGGAACAGUCAAGGAUCGUGUGUUGUAAUGAGCACGAUGCAGACGGCAUUCUUUAAUUACUGACAAGGAGACUUUGUCAAUUAUUUGCAGCACACAUCAUUAUUGUUACGCUUUUGUUUCUGAUAUCCCAUGACACGCAACUACAUUUUGCCCUGUCCUGACAAGGUGAUAGCUUGUAUUGAGAAGGUUCAAAUUGUAUAGAAGAAGUGUGAAAUGAUAUGAAAGCAGGAAUUUACUUAAACACAAGAGGGCAGCAUUGCUUAAAAAUCACCUGGAUAAAAUUUGCUGCCAAAUUGAGUGGCUCCCUUGUUAGGUAUGCUUUAAAAUGCAGUGUGAAACUGAUUCAAGUCUGUUCAUGUGAUUAGAAAAAUACACUAGCUUCCAUAAUGAGACAGUCUGCAGGGGGAGAUGGAUCAGGGUGGCAUCAGGCAGAAGGUGAGGUGAGUCUGUUCAGUAAAUAGGACAUGCAUCAUGAUUAAUUUUGACAAACAUCAUGCUUGUAUGGCUUAAAUAUAGAAUCAUUAUCUUACUGCAUUAAUGUUCCAGCACAGUAUAAAGAUAUGAUCAAGAGUUCACCUCGAUGUAUGAAACCCAUGCUCUUCAACAAAUGGGCUUCGUGUCUCCAGAUGAAAGCCUCUCAUUAAGUAACUGCUCGUCAAUGUGAUCCCUCUUUAAUGUAAUAUCACCCUUGGGUCUUCACAGCGGCUUUUUGGUAUUGGGCUACUAAUGGAUUUAUCCCACAUAGAUGGUAUUUAAAGCAUGUUUCGAUUCACACACACUAUUAAACAAUGUGGGUGAAUUUAAAAUUGAAUCUGCUACAUCUGCAGUUGUACCUGUUUUACCUCGUGUUUCACAAAAAUAAUUUCUUCAAGCAUAUUAUUGUGGAGCUGCUUCAGUUGAACCAACUGGCCAGUAUGACUUCGUGAGGCAUGUGGCAGAGGGGAUUAUCUGGUUUAUUCAAAGUCUUGACCUUGAAUUUUUUUUUAUCUCCUCCAGACCUAACUUCAGAACAACUUACUAACCCACAAACUUUCUUAAAAGCAGAACCCGAAAUUGUGUUAAAUCAAGCAGCAUACCCAGGGCUACUCAAGAGACACUAAAAGGCCCCACACUCAUCUUGGGGUUGUUAAAUCCAUAUAGUCUUGAGAAACACUGCAUGUGGACAUCUGAAGCUGAAUUUUCUGGUGCAGCUGCUUUGUCAGGACAUUUAAGGCACCACUGGUUCUCUCUAAUGAGUAUCUGUAAUUAUGUGAGACAGCCAGACACUGUGCUGCAUGAGAACUCCUAUUUAACCAUUAAAAAGUGAAGUUGGUACAGCCUACGUUCUGUUGAAGCCUGUAAAUAAUCUAAAGUUGUGUGUGUGUGUGUGUUUGACACAAAGAGGACAUCAAGGCCUUUCCUCAGAGCAUUCCCAACCGUAUGUACUUGUAUCUCGGGGAGCACUUCUGCAGUUUCCUUGGUGUGUGUACAGGCUGUACACAUAUUGCAUCAGCUUUUACACCUGCCUGCCACUCUUGCAUUUGGGAGUGAAUAAAAACUUUGCAAGUGAGCAAGCAGAGAAGUUGAAAGUUAAAAUGUAUAAACAGCUCAAAUAGUUCAUUAAAAGUGACAGAUCAGCAGUUGAAGUAGUUAGCUAACAGUAAUAGAUAAGCAGUGCAGCUACAACUCAUUAGUGAUAGUUGAAAUACUUAUGUAAAAGUAAUUGACUGAUACUAAAUGACUGAAAUGGGAGAGUGUAUCUACAGCAUGUUGCCCAGCUCAGUUUCCUCUCACAGUGUUCUUAGGUUGCUGUCAAUACUGAGGCCACUUUUUCAAAGUCUUCAGUUGUUGUUGUUUUUUUUAAAAAAGUUUUUAGCAGUUUUGAGGGCAGUGAUUGAAAAAUGUGCUGAAUGCAUUUUGUGUGAAAGCAAUGGAAAAUGAUGUGGAGUUUGAUCCAUGAAGACCUCUGUUUUGCUGACUGUGAAGACUUUUGACAGUGUGACUUCAGUUUUGACCCAUGCAUGUUAGCAAUAAAAAAAAUAACCUGUACUAUGAGGAGACCUUUCAAAGGCUUGUAUGUUUUCAGCAAUAUGUUUUUUUUCCAGGUCAAAUGUUCAAUGUACAGUGGUGGAAAAAAGUUUU